UCUAUAUUGGUCUAUGAUUAAAAAUCCCUAGUGAGGACUCUAUUCCACAUCCCCCACCUUCUCUACGCCACCAUUGCCGCAGGAAUCUGACGUCAUGAUUCACGUCGCCGUCGCCCCUCUAUUCAACCUCCCUCACCUUACCAUCACCACUAUCACGACUUCAACAAUCACAACACCCAUGAGUAUUAUUGUUUCUACCAUGCCAAUUAAUACCAUCACAAUUAGCUGAAAUUGUGUUUCUUUUAUGAUCAGUGAAAUUAUAUUUAUUUAAUUUUCAUCCAUAUAUCCAGUCCAACUCAUUUCUGAAUUUUGAUAUGUCGGCGGUUUAUCAGCAAUUUUCAGCAUUCAAAUGCUCAAACGAUUUUGCGUUCCAGUUUCCAUAUCCUGGUAGUAACAAAAGGAAGAAUGCAAAUUGGAGGUCACCAAGAGCAGCCGUAAUUCCCAAUUUUCAUCUUCCAAUGCGCAGUUCUGAAGUUAAGAAUAGGACCAGUGUUGAAGAGAUAAAGUCGCUUAGGCUGAUUACAGCCAUUAAAACCCCAUACCUACCAGAUGGCAGGUUUGAUCUGGAGGCCUAUGAUGCCUUGGUCAAUAUGCAGAUUGAAGAUGGGGUCGAGGGAGUGAUUGUUGGUGGCACCACAGGUGAAGGCCAGUUAAUGGGCUGGGAUGAACAUAUAAUGCUCAUUGGUCACACAGUUAACUGUUUUGGUGGGUUGAUCAAGGUCAUUGGGAACACAGGAAGCAACUCCACCCGGGAAGCAAUCCAUGCUACUGAACAAGGUUUUGCAGUUGGAAUGCAUGCAGCUCUUCACAUUAAUCCUUAUUAUGGUAAGACCUCCUUAGAGGGCUUGAUUUCUCACUUCGAUAGUGUGCUUCCGAUGGGCCCUACAAUCAUCUACAAUGGACCAUCACGAACUGGCCAAGAUGUUCCACCACAUGUAAUCCACACUUUGGUGCAGAGCCCCAAUAUGGCUGGUGUGAAGGAGUGUGUUGGAAAUGAUAGGGUAGAGCAAUAUACGAGCAAAGAUAUUGUGGUCUGGAGUGGCAACGAUGAUGAAUGCCAUGAUUCAAGGUGGAUCUAUGGAGCUACUGGUGUAAUUUCAGUUACAAGCAACUUAGUGCCUAGUCUAAUAAGAAAACUCAUGUUUGAGGGAAAGAAUCCAUCUUUGAACUCGAAACUCCGGCCUUUAAUCGAGUGGCUUUUUUGCGAGCCAAACCCAAUCGGCUUGAAUACAGCUCUUGCUCAGCUUGGUGUAGUGAGGCCCGUUUUCCGCUUACCAUACGUACCCCUUCCUUUGGCAAAGAGGAUUGAGUUUGUGAAUAUAGUGAAGGCACUAGGACGGGAGAAUUUCAUUGGAGAGAAGCAUGUCCAGGUUCUGGAAGAUGAGGACUUCGUUUUGAUUGGUCGAUAUUAGCAACCGUUUCCGUUCGUGAAAACUGUGAUUUUGUUUUUUUCAUAUACUAUAAGUGGGUUUCAUUUGGGACAAUAAAUGAGAUUUUCUCUUUUUUCUUUGGGUAAAAUUGGAUGAUACUUAUAUGAUGUUUCCUGUUUUAUGUAUAGCCAUCAAUAUAUUCUGUAUCUGAACAUGUUCUUUCAGCUAAUUGUGUGCCUUUCUUGCUCGA